UGGGUUUUUUUUAUAUUUCUGAUUUUCUGCAGCCCUGUUGUAGUCCUAUAAGGAAGGCAGGUACUAUGAAAUAUUAUUAUGGAAUGAUAUCGUUCAAUGAAAUCGUUCAGUGAUAUCGUUCAACCAGACGCUUUGAAGCUAUUGCGAAGAGAGUGUCAAGGAUACUUAUUUGGAACACUCCAUUUUAAAACGAUCAUAAGAUUCUUUCGAAAUGGAACCAAUAAAGAACAUUUUCCUUGUCCUUGGUUUCUCUGCUGUGCUUGGCAUAUUCAUUUUUGGAGUUCUCGAAACCCUAGAAGAAAGAACAAUUAUGUUCAUUGCACCCACAAUCAAGAGAAAUACAGCUAUUAAAACACAGGCCACAUUAUCCAAUGUGAAAAACGGUUUUUUGUAUAAUAAGACGUGGGUAAUUUUAUGGUAUAACAUUCCGUCUUAUCUAAAUCUCUACGUAAAGUAUUCUAAAAUGAAAAAGUGUGAACAUGUGAGAUCAAACUGUGUUAUAUCAACAGACAACUCUGAUAUCAAUAACAGUAGUGUUGUGAUCUUCACACAUUCGUCUCUACCAGAUUCUCCUCCCCUGAAGAGUAAAUUCCAGAUAUGGAUGUUUAAUACUCUGGAAAACAAAGCUUAUACACAGAGGCCAACUACCGCCUGGAAAAAUCAAUUUGAAUGGAUCAUGUCUUAUCGAAGAAAUGCUGACGUUCCAAGACCGUAUGGUAAAAUCAUUAGACUGGACAAACGUUUAGAAAGAAAUUAUUCUGAGAUUUUUCGACAAAAGACAAAAUUCGGUGUCUGGAUGUCUGGUCACUGCCCUGUUCCAUCUCGUCGUAAAAUAUACAUUGAAAAGUUGCAGAAGUACAUACCGAUUGACACGUUUGGAUCAUGUGGUAAGACAAAGUGUGGGACUCGAACUGUGCUAAAGAAUGAUUGUUUAACGAAUCUUGCUAGGGAAUAUAAAUUUUAUUUUUCCUUCGAGAAUAACAUAUGUAAGGAUUACUCUACAGAAAAGGUUUUUAACUUGUAUAAAAAUGAUUUCAACCUUAGCAUCAUACCGGUUGUAAAUGGUCCUCCCCAGGCAAGUGAAUAUUUACCUAAGGGAACCUUUUUAAGUACAUUGAAUUAUGCUUCUCCAGCGGCGUUGGCAAAAAAGCUUAAAGAAAUCGGAUCAAGUGAAAUUUUAUAUAUUAAAUAUCUGAAAGAAAAAGAUAAAUACAAUUCAUUAGAUGAACCUGAGAUUUUUCGAGAAGCGAUAUGUAAUGUUUGUCAGAAACUAGAUAAGAUGGAAGGGAACAAAAUUUUGCCAAAAGCGGAUAUGAUAGACAUGUUUAAAAAUGAUUGUUAAGUUACCAUGUUUUUUUUCUGUUGUGGCAUGUUAAGGUCAAGAUCUAUUAAAUGAUUCAAGAGUGUCUUUUUUUUUAGCUUGAACCAUUAUGAAGUCAUAAUUGAUUUUAAGAAUCUUUUUCUCGUAUUUUACGGCUUUAAAAUUGUCCAGAAUUCAAUAACAGUCCCCUUAUUGGACACGAAAGCAGAUACAGUAGUGCACAUAUGUAUUUUGU